GUGUGCGUGGAUAUAUCGAUCCCAAAAUUAUAUACCUCUGUUAUACAAAAUACGCGCAUGUUCACGGAUAAGUGUUAAAACCCACACCAGUAGACAAUAUAUAUAUAUAUAUAUAUGUAAUAUUAUGUAUAUAUAUCAUACACGUACAGGAAUUACACACGCAUAUGAACCGCUCAGAGUCUGUCUGUUUACAAAAUUCUGCUAAGACUUAAGAACGGCUUCCACGUUAUCUAUUGUAUCUUGCAGCUGUUAUUAUUUCGUGUCAGUAUUCUUCAACCAAUUAAUUACAACAACAAAGCAAUAAUAGCGACGAUUAUACUACCAACCAAGUAACCAGCCAACCACAUUUUUAUCACGGAAUUUUAUACAUAUCAAAGGAAACAAGAUCGACCCCACUUUAAAUUACACAAGUACCCAGAACACAAGGAUAUAUAUUACCGUAUAUAUAUUAUGUAUAUAUUAUAAUAUCUAUUGUUUUUUGGAAAAGUCGAAGUAAAAGUUGUUUUGUUGGUCGCCUAACGAAACAAUGAAUAAAUAAAUAUAAUGAAAUGAUUGCCUACUAAACCAAAAAACAGACUACGCAGCAAAGAAGUUAUUGCCAUCAACGUGGUUAGGACACCUGAAAGGGCUUGUUGCACUAUAAAUACAAGGUGCCACUAUAAACUCCACCAGUAAACCACGAGGCGCGUCUAAUCUCGAACUAAAAAAACCCCAUCUAACUAUAUCUAUUGCCGAGGAAGGAUUUCUUACGUAUUUAUAAUUAAAAAAAAAAAAUUUUGUUUAUCUCAAAAAAAAAGAAAAGAAAAAGAUCUCACGAAGUUGAAUCGUCUGAUUUUUUAAAAAAUUAUAUAUAUAUAUAUAUUUACAUAUUCUUUAAUUCUUUUUCUCUCUCCCCCACCUCUCUUUAUAUAUAUAUAAUUAUAUAAUCUCAAUGUUGUUAUCAUGCUUCUAUGCAUGGAUAUAUUACAGCAAUAUAUAUCAUACAUGUGAUAUUUCGAAUUAACGCAAGGCCUUUUUUUUUUCAUUAUUUUACCGAUUGGUUGAAUAAAGAUUCUAGUGAAAAGGAAAAUUUCCGAGUCUACGCUGACAACAACAACAAAAAAAAAAUUUUUUAAAUUUAAAAUUCCACCUUAAAUCGUUACAAUGUUAACACCAACUUCUACACAGUACCAUUACCCGGAGUAUUUGCAGCCUUUACCAACAACGUUGGACGCUAAAAAGAGUCCCCUAGCUCUUCUGGCACAAACCUGCAGCAGCAUUGGUAAAGACACCAGUCCAUCUUCUAAACAGAUUAUCCCACCAAUUGAAAAGAAAGAAAAUGGAUCAUCAGACCUAAAAGAGAAAUCUUUGAAGGAUUUACACCACUCUGAGAAAUCGAUCGACAUCAAACGGAAUUCAGAAAAUGGCGAGAAAAAAGAAUCUGGGCGUGAAUCAGGAAAGCCCGGGUUUCGCACGAUCCCACCAAAAGAGAUUCCACCUCUGGUACCAAUUUCAAGUUCUUCCAGUGAGAGAACCAGCGUUUCUUCGCCAACGACAGAAGUACACAGCGGUAGUCAUAAAUCAUCGUCUUCAUCGAGCUCACUGUCAUCUUCAGAGAGUUCUGUAAAUUGUUCUUCCAUAUCUAGGCCAAUGUCUGCCAAUUGUACGAGUGCAUCUCUAACUAGUUCUGGUCGAAUGAGUAUGGGAAGUGUGUCGGACUUGAGUCAUCCCGACUCUGCAGGAAUUACAAAAACCUCACUUUCACAACACACACCAUCUUUGUUAACGCAUUCCUCGUUGAUCGGUGGUGGUCUCAAGUCUGCCAGUCACCCUUCACUUUUAUCAACUCUCCCUGCGGCCUCACUAGCCAGUUAUGGUUGUUUGCCACUCGUAGGACAUGGCAUAGCAAUGGAUGCUGCCGGAAACAGUCCAGUUUAUCCUUCACAUCUGGCUGCUCAUGCUGGGCUCAGCCUAGCUUCGGCUGCAGCGGCAGUUGCAGCUAAUUCCUCUCCUUUGAAACUUGGUGCUCAACCAUCAGCUGUUUCUCCAUAUUUUGCAUAUGCUCGGGUACGAACCCCAACUGGGGCUACAACAUUGGUACCGGUUUGUCGUGAUCCUUAUUGCACCAAUUGCCAAAUGACUCUUCAGAAUGCACACUUAUCCUCAACAUGCACUUCCCCUGGAUGUACACAAUGUGCACAUGAAAAGUCUCUUUUACAAACAAGCAGUCUGGGUCUUACUUCUGCUGCCGGUUUACCUAUGCUUUCUUCUGUAUCAACCUUGGGCACUCCGGGUGCAGCUUUAACUGCCAAUCCGUCCUUAGGGUUUGGCACGUCUUUUUAUCCUCACUCUAUGCUUGGCACGCAAUUACCUUAUAUUUGCUCAUGGGUAGCUGGAAACGAUUACUGCGGCAAGCGAUUCUCGACAUCUGAAGAACUUCUGCAACAUUUAAGGACACAUACAACAGUCAACGACACAGCAGCUCUUGCUGCUAGCUACAACCUUUCCUUCCCCUCUGUAUCCUUGCCGAGCUGUCACGGACAAUAUACUACUACGGGAUCUAUCAGCCCGAAUUCACUAAGAAGAACGUAUCCCACGAGUAUAAGCCCUGUAGGUAGUCUUCUUAGUGCAGCUAGGUAUCAUCCUUAUAAAACUCCAUACACAAGUGUCCCAUCAGGGGUCUCUGGUGGAAUCCCACUGAACAGCAUUGGAGGAGCAUAUCUAUCUCCUUAUUCAACUUUAUAUGGACAUCGUUUGGGGGCAGCAGCUGUCCCAUGACUAUAUACCGAUUUUAAGUAACAAACUAAUAAGUUUUUCAGUCUUUCUAUUUUGAACUGGUUCCUUGCCCCUUCAGUCAUGUGUGACUGAAUGAUAAUUACAACAGCAACAGCACACAUUACAUACAUACAUGCAAUGACACCUGAAAAUAAAAUCACACACACAUACAUAUACACAUGCAUACAUGGUAUGCAUAUAUAUAUAUAUAUAUAUAUAUAUAUAUAUAUAUAUAUAUAUAUAUAUGAUGUAUGUAUAAUAAGAGAAAUAUUAUGUAUAAAAUAUUGUAAUGAUAAACAAUAAAGAUGAGUGAAGAAAAACAUUUGUAAAUGAAUGAGUAAAUAUCGUUGCAAUGUAAUGAUAUACAGAACUCGUCUUCUCUCUUUCUCUUUCCCUACUCUGUAAUAUGCAACUGCGCAUGUGUGUGUGCGUGUCUCUCAGAGAUUAUCUUCUGAACACAAUCAACACACGUGCGCACAUGGUUAUGUGUGUAAGUGAGUUUGUAUAUGCAUGUGCUUAUGUAUACGUAAUGCACACGUAUUCAAACAUGCGCAUACGAAUGCAUACAUACAUACACGCACACACACAAAAAAAAAACACAUAUACAUAUAUGUAUAUAUAAGUCUUAAUUACGUAUAUGUUUAUAAAUGUGAUGUAAAGUGAUAAUAAACAAAAAUCGUUGAGAAUGUCAGUCACUAGAAGCAUUGAGAAUACUUGAAACUGUGUGACUACACUAUGUAUAUAAUUAUCUCUAUGUGUGUUCUUAUAUAUAUAUGUAUAUAUAUAUAUAUAUAUAUAUAUAUAUAUAUAUAUACACUGUUAAUAUAUAUAUACACACUAUAUAUAUAUAUAUAUAUAUAUAUAUGUAUAUACAUAUAUAUAUAUUUAUCUACACCAUGUAUAUAACUAUCUAUAUGCGUGUUUAUAUGUAUAUAUAUAUAUAUUUAUAUGUAUAUGGGUAUGUAUAUAUAUAUAUGUAUAUAUAUGUGUAUAUAUAUGUAUAGUGGGUGAGAGUGCAUGUGUGUAUUUUGAGACAAACCCUUCAUCGAAACAACAGCAACAACGACAACACUAACAGAUGGCGUUUUUGUUCUGUUUUUGUUCCCUUUCUUUUAUAUUUUUUUUAUAUUUCAUUUUGAUCGUCCUCUCUUCUUUUUACUUUAAACAAGACACAAAAGGUUUUAUUAUCAUUAUUAUACAUGCGUAAUUUUUUUUUUUUUUAACAGGAAAAAAAAAACUGGGUUUUUGAUUGCCUGCCCCCAUUAUUAAAUAAUUAUAUUAGUGUGUAUUUCAUGCAAUCCAAGUCGCUGUAGGGAUAAAGUGAAACCACCCUCCUCAUUUGUAGUGAACCUAAACUGUAGAAAUGUAAUCGAUGCAAAGUUGGUCAGCGAAAUGCGUUAAAACAAGAGCUCUUGACUCUUCUGCCAACCACCGUAUCGUAAAUAGUAAUUGUUUCUAACAUAGACAUAUGGCUUGGCCAUUAAUAAUAAUAAUAAUAAUAAUAAUAAUGAUGAUGAUGAUGGUUUUUAUGAGUUUGUCUCACAAAACUCAUCACUAAUCUGUGCAACGUUCACAUAGUGUAACUCUAUAUCACUUAUGUUGAUAUAUUGAUGUACAAGGUCGAGAGCCAUCUACACCCUUUCACCCAUCUCUGCCUCUUCUUUCCUUCCUUCCUUCCUCCCCCACGCUCUCUCUCUCAUUACUACUAAUAACUUACACCAUCCUUAGAAACCCAUUCAAAUGCAUUAAUGUUUAAUUUUUUCUUCAAUUAACAACCUGUUUUAUUUAUUGUUAUCUUUUGUUGCACAACCACCAACAUAGAAAAUAAUCUGAAGGGGGUCGUGGUGUGUAGUUGCUUAACUAAUACCCCGACCCACAUUUUUGAAAUAAUCUCAAAUUUAGUAUUCACCUAUGUGGACAUCUGGUUAGCUUGAGACGGGUGGUACAAGAUGAAAAUUUCUGCAUAAUACGUCCCCCAUUUUAAACUCAAGGGACGAAGGUUCGAACAUUUUGCUUUUCUUUCUUCCUCUCUCUCUCUCUCUCUCUAGCUCUUUAGCUCUCUCUUUCUGUUUUUUUUAAUUAAAAAAUCUGUCUAAUUAAUUUAAAUCAAUUAAAGAAAAAAAAUUAUACAAUGAAAGCAGUGUUUUGGUUGUGGAUUUGUGAGUCUGUAUGUUUGGGACAACCGGAACUUUCAUUGCAUGCGUUGUGCAAUGCAUUGUAACUUGUCUAGAUUUUCUAACAUCAAACGAUGAUGCAAUAAAAUAUAUAUUAAAACUCCA